UUCCUGUAAUAAAACUGUCUCCUAUGUGACAGGAUGAAGAUGAUCUUGAUGGUUCUGCUCGUGGUUCUGACCUCCUCUGUCUGUGUGAUGUCUGCUGGGAAAAAGACAGCGACCUUCUAUCAGGCAGAGGAGGACGAUGACAUCACCAUGGGAUGGGUCAGUCCCAUCAGAACUGACAUGUCUCUCACCAACAUGCGUUGUUUUCUGUGGUCAAACCCUUCAAAGCUUUUGUAUGAAAUGGUUAACAGCAUCGACGUCCCAGAGUCUCAGGAUCCACAGUUUGCAGGACGAGUCCAGUGUGACAAAGACGCCCUCAGAGACGGACAGAUCAGACUUCAUGUGUCCAGACUCAAGACUGAAGACUCUGGAAACUACUGGUGUGACCUGAAUACUAAUUAUGACAAGGUCACAGAGAGAUGGCUGCUGGUGACCACAGAACAUUUUGUCUUGAAUGUGACCUCUCGAGGAGAAAACAGAGGACAUAAGGAACACAACAUCAUCACACCAGCGUCAACUGAAGAUACUGAACACACAGCAGGAGGGCCGAAGAAGAAAGUGAAAUCACACGAUAUGAAUAAAGUUGCAACUGGUGCAGUUCUUUUAAUUGGUGCCAUAAUAUGUCUCCUCGGUGUAGCUCAAAGUUGUCUUUCAGCUCUCAUUCGUCGAUUUACUAAAGAUCAACAUCAGGACAGACCUGCAAUCAUUUAGGUGGUGAUGGAGAUCCAUACAGUUCAUCGUCUGAGCAGCUUUCAUCCAAAGCUGAUCCGAUGGGAGCACAUGUAAAUACUCUAACCCCUGGAUCACAAUGAUUUCUGAUCAAUAAUCAUCAUAAAUGAGAAUACAAUGACAUGGUGGAUGAAGUAUUGGAACAAUGUAGCAAGUUCAGAAAAUCACAUCAGUGUAAUGCUACUUUAAAACAUGGAAACUAAUACUGUAGUGGCUAAAUGCUAAUUAGCUUCACUUACUUAGUUCAUGAUUAAUACUGUUCAGCUAAGUUAUGCUAAAAACUUUGUGAUUUACUUUUACAUACUCCCUGUGCUUUAACUUGCAUAACAUUCGAAGUACACUGUAGUGGUAAGUAUGUAUUUCAUAUUCAGUACAAUACAUGUUGAUGGAGGUCAUCAGUCAUCCAGGUGAGAGUAAGUCUAAGCUCUGUGUCGUAAGCAACUGGACUUGUUUCAGUUUCUUCAAGAUGCUCCACCUCUCAUGCUUUUUCCGCCUCUCAGGCUUUUAAACCCGGUGUGGGAGUGCCAUUAAAUAGUAUGGGAGUGUCCUUACAGAGUGUGGGAGUGUCCUUAAAUGGCGUGGGAGUGUCCUUACAUCGUAUGGGAGUGUCCUUACAGAGUAUUUGAGUGUCCUUACAGAAUAAUUAAGGACACACGUGACCUCUGAGUCGUUAGGACCACAUGUGGGUCUUUGGUCCAACCGGCCUUCAUGUUGGUUGUUAUGGCCAGGUGAGCCUAGGUGUGAAUGGUUGUUCAGCUUAUAGGUCAUAAGUGAUGUGUCAGUAAAAGUCAGGUCUCAUCAUGUUGGACUGCAGCCGUCAGGUCAAAGUGCAGAUCGGUUCUAAAAGGAUCAUUGGAUUUGUUGUUUUUAUUUUUGUCUUUUAACUGAAUGUUUUAUCUUCUGCAAAGCAGUUCUGACUCUGUGAAGCAUUUAUUCUAACUUUGUGUUUAAACAUAAAAUGUGACUGUUGUAUAUGAUGCUGAAAUA